UUUCGGCAUAUUGGCUUCCAACACACACGUCUGCUCACGCGACCACUCAACUUGCAAUCUAAAGGACAGUUAUUCGACAGGGCAGGAGCUGGAGCACCUGCAGAUUUAACGUCUGUUGGAGAAAACCUGUGCGUCAGAAGAUGCUGAAAGCCCUCGGCCAAGUUUUAUUCUCAUCGGGACUGCCGUCCCCCAAAUACACACCAACCGAGAGUAAGGGCAAGGACUACGAGAUCCGCAUUUAUGAGACGGCUAACUGGGUGAGCACCUCGCUGAAGGGGAUGCAAGGGGAUCCGAUCAUGAAGGAGGGAUUCAGUCGACUCUUCAAGUACAUCCAGGGGGAGAAUGAGACAAAGGAGAAGGUGGAGAUGACGGCUCCUGUGACGUGUCGUGUAGAACCAGGUGCUGGUCCGGCGUGUGAGACCACCUUCACCGUCUCCUUCUUCAUCCCUGAGCAGAACCAGGCCGACCCGCCCAAACCCACCAGCCCCGAGGUGUUCAUCGAGAACCGGCCCGAGUUCACAGCCUUCGUACGGACGUACGGGGGCUUCACCAACGAGCAGACGGUCCGUGAGGAGUACCUGAAGCUGGCCGAGAGUCUCCGCAGAGACGGGGUGCAGUUCCGUGAGGAACCGUACUACAGGGUAGGGUACGACCCCCCCUUCAAGCUCACCAACCGCAGGAACGAGGUCUGGCUCCUGCAGUAGGGUCCAGUGGGAGACGGCAGGGACUACAGGGAGCAGGAAGGGCCAAAAGAGGCAAGAGGACGCCUAGGACCAGGAGUCCACUUUGAGCGUUUCAUGGGGUGGAUGCUGUGUGCAAAUUAGCCAUAGGUGAAGAGAUUAUUCACUUAUCUGAUCUGCUAUUAAAAAUUCAGCUUCAGCUCCAAAGAUCAUCUGUGUUUCAGAUUUACAUACAUUGAAAUGGGAUUUAUUUUUUUAGAAGUACAAGGUGUACAAUUUUGAUCAAAUGCUCUUAUAUUUAAAUAUAACCCAUUUUAAUUUCACAUUGAGAUGACACUGCAAGUUGACGAAAUUAAGUAUGGGUGUGUCAUCACGAUCAUAAUAUAUAUUUUUGUAAUCAUCAGUGUUAGCUGCUGUAAUGGUUAAUCGUGUUAAUAAACAUAUUUUACGAUUA